AUGGCUCAAUCAAACGGCACCAACGGCACCACGCAGCAAGAAUCGCAUAUUUUGCCCAAAGGCACAGUUCUGAUUGCAGGAGGCGGCCCAGUCGGUCUGAUUCUGGCAAGAGUACUCUCAUACUAUGGCGUCAAAUCCGUUCUAUUUGAGCGAAACAAGACCACUACCAGCUGGCCCAAAAUGGACCUCACAAAUGGGCGCUCCAUGGAACUAUUCCGCAAACUAGGUCUCGCCGAUGACCUGCGACGGCAGGGUGUACUCCCCAAUAUCGACCAGCCUGUACUGGUAUCUUCCGGCCUUUCUAGCAAGGAAGCUAUAACAAGAUGGGACCUUCCUGGGGUUGAAAGAUUUCGUCAACGCAUUCAAGAAAACAAUGAUGGAACGCUGCCGCUGGAACCCUAUCAGAGACUCUCUCAGGCAGUAUUCGAGAAGUGGUUGAAGGCAAUUUGUGACCAAGAUCCUUUAAUCGAUCUUCGAUAUGGCUGGAAGGUUGAAUCUGUCCAGGAACAAGAGGACCAUAUCAAAACGACAGUUACGAAUGCUGACACGGGCAAAUCUUCGGUCUACGUCUCGGACUAUCUAGCAGGCUGCGACGGGGCCUCAAGUAGAGUCCGAAGAUCUCUUGGGUUUCCGUUGGAUGGUGGACCAGUCCCAACGUGCGUUCUGCUCGUUCAUUUCAAAUCUCGUGACCUCACCCGUCUUCACAAGCAAGGCCAGUUCUGGCAUAUUUUCCUGCUGGCAGAGCAUGGCGGUUUUGGGGGAGCUAUCAUAUCCCAAGACGAGGUUGAUACGUGGACAACUCAUCUGUUUCUACCACUGGAUGUAGAACCGGAAAAAAUUGAAUCCCAUGAGGCUGUAUAUAGAGUUUUAGGUGGUAUCCAUGGGAAGUACCCUAUCGAGAUUGACCAAAUCCUCGUUCGCUCCACCUGGCAACCUCAUAUAGCUGUUGCGCGCAAUUGGAGCAGUCCCAGUCAGCGCGUUCACGUCGCUGGAGACGCUGCGCAUCAAAACAUCCCCACCGGAGGCUAUGGAAUGAACACGGGCAUCGGCGACGCUUUUGAUUUAGGUUGGAAGCUUGCCGCUGUUAUCAACGGACAAGCCGGCAGCGACUUACUCAAGUCUUAUGAAUUAGAGAGAAGACCAGUUGCUCUUCAAAACGUCGAGCGCUCUGGAGUCCAUUUCCAGGUUCACGACCAGUUAAGAGAAAUCCUAUCCGGUGGCGACCCGAAUCGUGUUGACGAAGAUACGGAGGAGGGACGUCAACUUCGAGCCACCAUCCAUGAACAUUACCAAAGGAACUCUGGUGAGAACAAGGAUUUUGGUAUCGAAAUGGGCUAUCGAUACGAAUCGCCGGUUAUAAUUCCAGACAAAGAUGCGGAACAGCCUAUCUGGACACCGGCUCAAUACACACCUACCUCGUGGCCAGGUGGUCGGCCUCCGCAUAUCUUUCUCUCAGACGGCACCCCUAUAUUUGACAAACUUGGGAAAGACUGGACCCUGCUGGUCUUUGACGAAAAUUGUGGACAAGAAUUCGUGGGGGAGGCAGCCAUAUCUCUGUCAAUACCCUUGAAAGUGGUCUCUCUCAACGGUGAAGAACUGGCGAAGACAUUGUAUGAGAAAGCCCUGGUGUUGAUCCGACCGGACCAGCACGUUGCAUGGAGGACGGACAAAGUACAUAGCAUGCAGGAGGCGGAAAAAAUGCUAAACGUGGUCACGGGAAGGGUCAGGACAAAUUUGAAGGUGGGAGAGGAAGCCGCUCUGGCAGAGGCACCAAGGGUGGCAUUUACCUCCACAAAGGAAAUGAUCACGCAGGUAGGGGACUUCAAGCUCGAGAAGAUGGGAGCCUUGCAAAUGUAG